CCCCGCCGCUCCCGCUCCUCCUCCGCUCCGCAGUUUGCGUCUCUCCGGUCGCCUCCGCUCUUCAGUGAGCGGCGGGGCCGCGGCGCGCAGUGUGCCCCGGAGCCGGGCUCCCAGCCCGCCGAGCCGCCGCCGUCGUCCCCCUGCAUGGCGGCCGCGCCGCAGCCCUGAACCGGGGCCCGGGGGGGAGGCGGUGCGGGAGUCGCCGGGGGCGGGUUGGAAGCGGCCCGGAGGCGGUGCCCGCGGCUCUCCCGCCGCGGCAGCAUGGCGCGGGGCGGUGGGCGGCUGGAGGCCGCUGCCCGGGGCCGCCGCCCGCGGGGUCGGGGUGCGCUCGGCCUGCUCUGCCUGGCGCUGCUCUGCGCGCUGGGAGCCGCCGAGGCCGAGUUCUCCAUCCUGGACGAGGCGCAAGUUCUGGCCGCGCAGAUGAGGACGCUCGCCACCGAGGAGCUGGGGGUCGUCACCAUGCAGAGGAUAUUCAACUCCUUUGUGUACACAGAGAAGAUAUCCAAUGGAGAAAGUGAAGUUCAACAGUUGGCCAAAAAAAUCCGGGAGAAAUUUAACCGUUACUUGGAUGUUGUGAAUCGGAACAAGCAAGUGGUGGAAGCAUCAUACACUGCUCACCUCACAUCACCCUUGACUGCAAUCCAGGACUGCUGUACUAUUCCCCCAUCUAUGAUGGAAUUUGAUGGGAAUUUUAACACCAACGUUUCUCGAACUAUCAGCUGUGAUAGACUGUCUACCACUGUCAACAGCAGGGCCUUCAAUCCUGGACGUGACUUAAAUUCUGUUCUUGCUGAUAACCUGAAGUCUAACCCAGGAAUUAAGUGGCAGUAUUUCAGCUCAGAAGAAGGCAUUUUCACUGUCUUCCCAGCCCACAAGUUCCGGUGCAAAGGCAGCUAUGAACAUCGCAGCAGGCCUGUCUAUGUUUCCACCGUUCGACCUCAGUCCAAGCACAUUGUUGUCAUUGUGGACCAUGGGGCUUCGGUCACGGAGACGCAGCUUCAGAUUGCCAAAGAUGCAGCUCAGGUUAUCCUGAGCUCUAUAGAUGAACACGAUAAGAUCUCCGUGUUAACCGUGGCAGACACAGUAAGAACCUGCUCGCUGGAUCAGUGCUAUAAGACCUUCCUGUCUCCUGCCACUAGCGAGACAAAAAGGAAGAUGUCCACCUUCGUUAGCAGUAUAAAGUCAUCUGACAGCUCCACGCAGCAUGCGGUGGGAUUUCAAAAGGCUUUCCAGCUGAUACGCAAUACAAACAAUGGCACAAAACUCCAAGGAAAUACUGAUAUGGUCAUAAUUUAUCUCUCGGCUGGGAUUACAUCAAAAGAUUCCUCAGAAGAUGAUAAAAAAGCUACUCUCCGGGUCAUCAACGAAGAGAACAGUUUCCUCAACAACUCAGUUAUGAUUCUUACUUAUGCACUUAUGAAUGAGGGAGUGACAGGUUUGAAGGAACUGGCCUUUCUGCGGGACCUGGCAGAGCAGAACUCGGUGAAGUACGGGGUGCCCGACCGAACGGUCCUGCCUGUGAUCAAGGGGAGCAUGAUGGUCCUCAACCAGCUGAGUAACCUGGAAACAACAGUUGGCCGAUUCUAUACGAACCUCCCCAACCGAAUGAUCGAUGAGGCUGUCUUUAGUUUGCCUUUCUCAGAUGAAAUGGGAGAUGGCCUGAUAAUGACUGUGAGUAAACCGUGUUACUUUGGCAACAUGCUGCUGGGGAUUGUUGGAGUAGAUGUUAAUCUUGCUUAUAUCUUGGAAGAUGUCACCUACUACCAAGACUCCUUGGGUUCCUACACUUUCCUCAUUGAUAAUAAAGGAUACACGCUUAUGCACCCAUCCCUUACCAGGCCUUACCUGCUGUCUGAACCACCACUCCACACAGAUAUCAUCCAUUAUGAGAACAUUCCUAAAUUCGAGCUGGUGCGCCAGAACAUCCUUAGCAUUCCCUUGGGCAGCCAGAUCAUUACAGUUCCUGUGAACUCCUCACUCUCUUGGCAUGUGAACAAACUGAGGGAAAUUGGCAAAGAAGCCUACAAUGUCAGCUAUGCCUGGAAAAUGGUCCAGGACACAUCCUUUAUUCUCUGUGUGGUGGUAAUACAGCCAGAAAUACCUGUUAAGCAGCUGAAGAAUCUCAACACAGUCCCCAGCAGCAAGCUCCUGUAUCAUCGACUGGAUCUGCUGGGCCAGCCAAACGCCUGCCUGCACUUCAAGCAGCUGGCUACCUUAGAAAGCCCCACAGUAAUGCUCUCUGCGGGCAGCUUCUCUUCUCCUUACGAACACCUCAGCCAGCCCGAGACCAAGCGGAUGGUGGAGCAUUACACGGCGUACCUCAGUGACAACACGCGCCUCAUUGCCAAUCCUGGCCUGAAGUUCUCUGUCAGAAAUGAAGUAAUGGCUACCAGUCACGUCACAGAUGAAUGGAUGACACAAAUGGAAAUCAGCAUCCUCAACAGUUACAUUGUGCGCCGUUACAUAGCAACCCCCAAUGGGGUGCUCCGAAUUUACCCCGGUUCCCUCAUGGACAAAGCAUUUGAUCCCACCAGGAGACAAUGGUACUUGCAUGCAGUGGCUAACCCAGGACUCAUUACCUUAACUGGUCCCUACUUGGAUGUUGGAGGGGCUGGCUACGUUGUGACAAUCAGUCAUACAGUCCAUUCCUCCAGUGCUCAGAUGUCUUCGGGACAUUCAGUGGCAGUGAUGGGCAUUGACUUCACCCUGCGAUACUUCUACAAAGUCCUCAUGGACCUGCUACCAGUUUGUAACCAAGACGGAGGAAACAAACUAAGGUGCUUUAUCAUGGAGGACAGAGGGUACCUUGUGGCUCACCCAACCCUCAUCGAUCCCAAGGGCCACGCACCGGUGGAGCAGCAGCACAUCACCCACAAGGAGCCUCUGGUAGCGAAUGACAUUCUGAACCACCCCAACUUUGUCAAGAAAAACCUCUGCAACAGCUUCAGUGACAGAACAGUUCAGCGCUUUUAUAAAUUCAACACCAGCUUAGUGGGUGACCUGACGAACCUGGUCCAUGGCAGUCACUGCUCCAAGUACAGGCUGACCCGAAUUCCAGGCACCAAUGCCUUUGUGGGAAUCGUCAACGAGACCUGCGAUUCACUUGCCUUCUGUGCCUGCAGUAUGGUAGACAGGCUCUGCCUCAACUGCCACAGGAUGGAGCAGAACGAAUGCGAGUGCCCGUGCGAGUGCCCUCUCGAGGUGAAUGAAUGCACCGGCAACCUCACCAACGCCGAGAGCAGGAAUCCGAGCUGUGAAGUUCAUCAGGAGCCAAUGACUUUCACAGCAAUUGAUCCCAGCCUGCAGGAUGGACUCCCACAGUGCAUUAACACUCAGUGCAACCAGAAAACAGAGAGCGGGGACUGCUUUGGUGUGUUGGACUGUGAGUGGUGUAUGGUCGACAGCGAUGGGAAGACCCAUCUGGAUAAGUCCUACUGUGCCCCUCAGAAGGAAUGCUUCGGUGGCAUUGUGGGAGCCAAGAGCCCCUACGUGGAUGACUUGGGAGCAAUAGGGGAUGAGGUGAUCACUCUGAACAUGAUCAAGAGUGCACCAGUCGGCCCGGUGGCUGGAGGCAUUAUGGGCUGCAUUAUGGUGCUUGUCCUAGCAGUGUAUGCGUAUCGGCACCAGAUCCAUCGGAGGAGUCACCAGCACAUGUCACCUUUGGCUGCUCAGGGUGAGCUGAUAACUCUGCAGAGAGAAAUGGGAGGGUUUGGAAUUAAACCAACUACAAAACAAAACCCAAACCCAAGCAAACAAAACCCAACGCAAAACCAACUAGAAAUAUCCCAAACCUCUUUCCAUGGUUUUGUUUCAGUGCUUCACCCCAUUUCAUUUCCCUUUAGCUAACCCUUCCAUCAGCCU